GCCUGAACUGUGAUGAAAGCGCCUCACUAUGAAUCCAUCGAUGACUGCAUGGCUAUAAUUGAUGUGAUCUUUUAGUGCCUACUCUCCCGCGGUCCCAACGUGCCUUCUUACUAUCCUGUCCUUGCUCCAUGAUCGCCUGCGCAGCGAGCUCUGCGGCAUAAGCUCCAUAGGAAUCGAGGCUGUAUGCUCCGGCCUGGUCUAUAGCUUCCAUGUCCCCGCCAUUCCUUGCACAUACCCUCCGGCUUUGGCUCGUCUUCCUCUUGUCUGUCUCUUCUGCGACCCUCGCGACGGAAUGGAUCGACUACCCCGACGACGGCACCGCGACCCUCACCCACUAUACCCUUCCGGAAGGCUACAUCGCGGCGUGCGGCUGCACCGGCGCGAGCACCCUAUACCCGACCGUAGCUAUGAGCCAGUACGCCUACGGAAGCAGCACGGCGUAUGGCCCGGCGUGCGGCCGCUGCUUCAACAUCACGCUGCUCAACUCGUACACGGGCACGCCGCCCUUCAUUCCCAACGUGACGAAGAGUGUAGUCGUGAAGGUCAUCGACUUGUGUCCUGUCGGAGGGGCCGGGUGGUGUUCGGCCACCCCAGACAAGCCUAACCCGUCAGGACAAUACAUCAACUUCGACCUUUCAUGGCCGUCUGCUGGUAUACCAGACGACUUUUUCCCAUCCGACGAGGCUCUCUACGGGUACACGGACUUCGGUGUCUGGAACGUGAGCUACCAGUCCGUCGACUGCCUCCAAAACUGGGCCGGGGCGAAGCACCCGGCCGCGCUCGGCAGCGUCGACGACGGCUCGAGCGCGUGCUGCCCAGCCAAUCCCACCGUACGUGUUCUCGCCCGCCCCCAUGCUCACGGCAGCAAUCUCAACGUUGUGUGCGCUGCGUCACAGGGGUCUGCGAACGACACCUGUCCUUCCUUCUCGGACGACAACGGCAUCCCGCCAGACACCACGACUUCCGAUGCGACCAGCGUCAUCUGGGGAGGCUCGACACCUAGUUUUCGUCAUGCAUUGCUGCCGCUGUAUUCACUCUUUGUAUUGUGCUUCAUUUGCCUGGGGUAUUUAGUGGGAUAAACGUACUGCCUCUGCUGUGCUGAUAGAAUGCAUGGUUCCGUCCGUGCUUCGCUGUACAAUGAACGUGCGCAC